UCUGGAGACCGCAGGCUGUUUACUGAGGACCCAGCAUCAGCACCACAUCCUCCAUUUCAUCAGCCUCAGGGAUACAGACUUAAACGCAUCUAUGCCACAAUUUCAGAGACGCUUUAUAAAUCCUGAAAUUCCAUUCCUUAAAUCAAACUCUGCUUCAGUCCAAGAACCCGAAUGCAGGCUGUGUCCCCUCUUGCUCCUUUUCGAUGCGUGUAACUGCCAAUGCAUACGUUAGAGAGCACUCCUGCCCCUCCCUGUGUGAUGCAUUUCAGGAAAUCCAGGAUCCCUAAUCUAACAUGGGCAAUAAGCAAACAAUAUUCACUGAUGAACAGCUAGACGCCUAUCAGGACUGCACAUUCUUUACAAGAAAAGAAAUCCUGCGAUUGCAUGGAAUAUUCUAUGAGCUCGCUCCUAACAUGGUGCCGAUGGACUAUACAAAUGACCCGGAUGUUAAAUUACCCAUGCAGCUAAUCAUUAAUAUGCCAGAACUAAUGGAAAAUCCUUUCAAGGAGAGAAUUGUUCAGGCUUUCUCUGAAGAUGGAGAAGGGAACCUCAGUUUCAAUGAUUUUGUGGACAUGUUUUCAGUCAUGAGUGAGAUGGCCCCUCGAGAGCUGAAAGCAAUAUAUGCCUUCAAGAUCUAUGAUUUCAACACAGACAACUUCAUUUGUAAAUCAGAUUUGGAAAAGACUCUCAACAAGUUGACACGAGAAGAGUUAGAGGAGGAGGAGGUGACUCUGGUGUGUGAGAAAGUUAUUGAAGAGGCAGAUAUGGACGGUGAUGGUAAACUGGCCUUUGCUGACUUUGAAAAUAUGAUUUCCAAAGCUCCUGAUUUUCUCAGUACUUUCCAUAUAAGAAUAUGAAGAUGCUGUAAAUGAACAAUUUUGCUGGUCCACAUUUGCUGAAUCUCAGGCUUCCACUGGCCCCAGCCUCUCCAAACCUGCAAAAAAAAAAUGUCGCCAUCUGCAGGAAGCUGACUUCACAAGAGGAAGUCCAAUUUUUCAGAAUCUGAGGAUGUGUUUCAUUACUAUUUUUAUAAAUCAAAGAUUUAAUAUUAUUGACAACAAAAAACAAGUAAAGAGCUCAAAAUACAGACUGUGUGUGGAAAGUCUGGGUGUGGAAAAAAUAAAAGAAUAAUUAUUAAAAAAAAGUAAUGACGGCACAAAAUUGUAAAAUAGUUACAUUUUACAGAGGCGUACAAUUCCUUGUCAUGUUUGAGGUUCACUAUAAGAAGAGAAAGCACCAUUUUUAUUCAACAGUUUUAUAAUUCACAAUACAUUUAGUCUAUUUAUUUUAUCAACAGACCACAAGUAUCUCAUUAUUAACAAGGAAUAUAUAUUGUAUUUAUAUUAUUUUUUUUACGUUUUAAGUUGACAGAAGAAAAAUAUGGCAAAAAAGAAUGACCUUACAGUUUAGCUGGGGAAAGGAAGAUGUUUAGGGGAAUAUGAGAGUGAAAAACUUUAUGGUGUGAUUCGGUAACAUUGAUGGAUGACAUACAGAAUGCGCCAUUUCAACAUAGAGGAUAUAUUUACAGAUUUAAAAUUCACAAAUGACAUCAUUUUACAGAAAUUAACUUUGUAAGAGAAUAAAGAAGAAUUUUGAGAGGAUUAUUGGGUAGAAAUAGUAAUACUGCAACCACCCAAAAUCCUGUUAGACAUUGAUUUUUAUAAAAUUAAUCCCGGUAUUGAUUAUUGAUUUAUGUUGGAGAACAAGUCAAGAAGAUACGGAAAAACAUAUACAGUACAUAUUCUGAAUUUGACUGGCAAAUGGACGUAUUUCCAGUAACCUGCUACCUAGGCUGUAUAAUUCUGCACUUUGAAGAAGCAACGUUCAUAAGGGCUAGAAUGGGAGUGAACUGGCUCACUCUGCAACUUUAUUAAAGGUGGGGCAAAAUGUAUGCAAGCUUCCAAAGAGACAAAUCAGUAAACUUUUAAAGGGCAUUGCUUGCUUGGGAAAAGUUUCUAUUUACAUUAAAAGUUUUCUUGAAAA